AUGGGCAAAAUUGCUGACGUUUUGGUGGAUGCUGGGCAUAAUGUUGUAAGUACUAUACCAUAAAAGUAACAACUCACUUGAAUUUUUCAUUACCCACAAAAUUCAGAGCUAACGUUUUAGACGUUUUACCAGCAAGACGCUUUUACAUCAAUUAUAAAAACCGGCACCAAGAAAGCCCGUGUUAUUCGCCGGCCUUGUACGCUGGGUUGCCGCGAGCAGCCAAGUGGAGAUAUGUGGAAACUUACAGAUGUCAUCGAGGGCUAUAAAGUCUACGGCAAGACGAUGGCUCUUGCCUGCGAAUGUAGGUUCUUACAAGACAUUGCAUUCGUCAUCGAAAAAUGAAGGAAUUUUCGCUUACAGCCCAAUUGAAAGACAACAGUUUGACAGACAUGUUGAGGGUUCAAAACUUCAAAUUGGUGAUAGCCGAAUCCUUCGAUUACUGCGCGUUUGCGCUCGCGGAGAAAGCGGGAAUCAAGAGGUUUAUCGCUGCGUCGGCGACAAUGAUUCAUCCAUUGUUAUUGACCACUUUUGGAAACCCGAACAAUAUUGUUGUUACUCCAGGUGAGUAAAAGUUUGAUUUCAUAAUUUCUUUCACCUCAAACGUUCUUUUGAUAUCAAUCAACGAAAAUUUGAGGUCUAAUAUAAUAAUUCGUUUGCAGAUUUCUAGCUUGUAAAGGAGUGUUUUAAUGAUAAGAAGAAAACGAUUUUUUUGCUUUGCUUUUCAAAAAAAUACAUAAAGUCUUUCUAAAAAAUUUUGAGAAGCAUGUCGCAAAGCUGGAAAGCAAUUUUGUCAAAAUCUUUCAGUGGCGGACCUUAUCCAGUAGCAAAAAAGUAACAUUUUGCAUCCGGGAAGUAUCAAAAGAUGUGGCAAAAUGCCUCCCUCUUGAAGUGAAAAACUCGGAUUUCCCUAGCGCGCCCGCUCUUUCUGUGAGAAGCCCUUCAAAACGGAGUUUUUUAGUUGGAGAUGGAGGCGUUUUGCCACAUUUUUUGCAACUUCCCGGAUGCUAAAUUAUACGUUUUUUGCCACCAGAUCAGGUCCGCCACUGUAAACAUUGAAACUGUCUAGGUCUCGACGACGACCAUGGAAGUCAAAUGAGCUUCUUCCAGCGAGCCAAAGCUUUCCUGUUCUUCCCAAUAAAGAAAUGGUUCACCUGGAAAGCGUUUCAGGAAGGCCUUGUGACGGCAAUACGGACCCAUUACAGAAACGACUUUGAGAGCGCGCAAAUAACCGCACAAAGUUCCUAUGUCUUCGUGAAUAUCGAUGAGCAUCUGGCUUUUCAGCAACCUUUGAGUGCAAAGUUCAUCUACGUUGGCGGAGAAGUUGAUGGCACAAAAAAUAUUAAAUCUUUGCCUGAGGCACGUGCAGCUAUCAUUCAUUAAAACACAUGUCUUUUAGAACGUCGAUAAGAUCGUCAAGAAUUCCAAGUAUGGGGUAAUUUUGAUAUCGUUUGGGACUAUCGCUCAAAGUUACUUGUUGCCGGAACAUACGAAACAGGAGCUCGUGAAAACAUUCGAAAAAUUCUCGAAAUACGAUUUUAUUUGGAAAUACGAGGCCGAUGAUAAAAUUGCAGCCAACUUGACAAAUGUCCAUAAAAUGAAAUGGACACCACAAGCCGAGCUUCUAGGUAGGCUCAUCGAAUUUUGACAGCAUUUUGAGUAAUUUAGCUCAUCCAAACCUGGUGGCAUUUGUUACUCAUGGAGGAAUCAACAGUGUAAGUGAAGCGGCUCAAAACGGAAAACCGUUUGUUUGCAUACCAAUCUUUGGCGAUCAGAGUCAUAAUUGCUUCGCCGCACAGGAAAAAGGAUUGGCCGUGUUGGUGGCAAAGACCGAUAUCACUACGGAGAAUAUGGAGACCGCUUUGCGAACUGUCCUAGAGCCUGCGUAAGUCAAUAAACAUUAUCAAAAACAUUAUAGUCUAGCGGGAAAAUACUCGAAUUGCGACGCUCAGAUUUUGAUCAAACUUGGCACAAAUUUAGGACUUGCUUUUCUGCACCGUAUUUGGAAUUUUCAGGUCACGUUUUGCAGAAAUGACCGACAUCUUUUGAGUUGAAAAUUGGCAAAAAAUUGGCACUUUUUUUUGAAUUUUGGUUUAAAAAAUUGAUACCUAGAUUCACCAUCACCGUACAGGGUAUUGUCUGCAUAAAACUAGUCUUUUCCGGCUUCUUAGAAGUAGCCAAAUGCAUUGCCUAGAAACGUUUUUAUGACCGCGGCGUUAAAACAAACGUAAAACUUCCUCUUUAGUUUCCAGACCCACGCUCAAACAUUUGCUAGAAUGAUGGCCAAGAAACCGUUCAAACCGAGAGAUCGCAUUGUCGGCUACGUCAAUCAAGCCUUGGAAUUCGAUGUGAGCAGUGUUCUCGAUUUGCCUGGACGUAAACUGUCUAUUAUUGAAUAUUAUUUUAUCGACGUGAUUCUAGUGUUUGCUGCAUGCGUAUUGCUGCUGGUAUACGCUUUCAGGAAAAUAAUGUCCGCCGUUAUUGCCCAAAUUAUGAGGCCGGCAAGGGUUAAGGUCGAAUGAGACGAAUUGUAUAUACAUAUGUAGAUACAUAUACAUGUAUCGGCAGACCUGACCCAGUGACAAAAAACAUAUCAUUUGCAUCUGGAAAGUAUGAAAGAUGUGGCAAAAUACCUCCCUCUUGAUGUGAAAAGAAUCCAAGUUCAAAAGGCGCCUGCUGCUUUUGUAAGAAGCCCAUCAAAACGGCGAUUUUUUAGUCGGAGAGGGAGGCAUUUUUCAACAUUUUUUGAUACCUCCCAGAUGCAGAAUGGUACGCUUUUUGCCACUGAAUCAGGUCCGCCACUGUGUAUUCUGUUCUGUUAAUAAAAAUGUAUAAAAACACUUUUCAAAACGACGCUAACUUGACGGCUAAAUGACAAAAACCCCCCUACACUUUCUAGUAAACUUGAACGGCUAAACUUUUCCUUGGAGGAUUCCAAAUCGAUAGAAAAAAACAGCGCGAAAAAUCUCGAACGCCUGUUGAUUUUGUUGCGAAAAAUAUCGCAAAUGUUGGAGACCAUUUCCUACACCAAGACACCUGUAUUUACAGCGAGAGAGCGGACCCUACCUAAUUAGACGGGUCCUUCUGUAAAUAUCGAGAAGCCGUAGUGUGUGACCAAACCGACUUCAGCUGAAGUCAUUCUGCAGUUCCAAAAAAAACGUAUAUUUAUUCUUCGAAUGAUAAGAAAAUUAUUAAACUCAAAGUUCGUUGCGACCGCGGCUUGACCGCUACGAAAUGUAUGUUGGUUCUUUUGCUGUUUAUGCCUUCAGUUCGGGAUGAGAAAAGUUGAAAGGCGACCCAGCUCAGAGAACUUUCUGUUGCGCGUUGUUCAUUGUGGUUGUUCGUUUGAACUCAUGGCUGUAGAGGCUGUGAUUUGGGGUAAAAGUUGCAAAAGGGUUCUAAAUUUGUUAAAACCACGCCUUAAAGAACGAUGUCAGAAUUGGAUCUAGGUGUAGAAAUGACAAGAUUUUCAACGCUAUUUUGUUGGUCUUACAAUCAGUCUGUUUGUCGCUACAACACAUCAUUUGUAGGCUGUCAAAAUCGAAGUUUUGAUAAAUCCAAAGUUGAGUAAUUUCCAUACGUAAACAUCAGUUUUUCUGCAAACUAACGGUGGGUUGUAACAUCAAAACAAAAAUGUUGGGCCUCGUCGAAAAAAGGGCGCAGUCGGGCGCCAAACUUUCAACUGCGGGCGGCAAUGCACUAUCCCGCAGCUCGGAAAACUGGCUCGGGCGCAGCUCGCAUCUCGAGGGCAGCUAUUAAAACAAGCUUUCAAAACUCGCCGGAGGGGCUGCGCACGUGUAAGGUCUCCGAGCUGCGCCCUAUGAUUUUCAGCAAACUUUUCAGAUAGCGCAUUGGCCCCGGCUAGUCCUUGCAAAGCGGUGAUGGGCAAUUCAAAGGCCCAACGACCAACCACUAUUCUCCCCACUGACUGAUGGUAUGAUUAUGUAAUUUAUUGAUGAAAACUUCACAAAACAAACUACAGAUUUUGCCUUUUUUUGAUACCAAAAAACCGUGACUUUUCCGGUACACAGGUUUAUCACAUGUCAACUUGAAAAAAAGGUCCUAAUGACGCUUUUAAUGAUUAAAACACAACGGUACCACGUGCUGCUCCACGUGGAAAUCACAGCUAAAGCUGACCCAACACAACAAAGAUUAAUUUUCUCGCCUAAAGUUCACUCAUUUACCAAACUCCUAACCUCAGCAAACAGUGAAAACCCAAAAACGUCGUCGACAAAAUAUAUUUAUGAAUUAUGAAGCUCGUCAUUGCAAAAACUGAGAAUUCCGGAGUUUGUAACCAAGCAAAUUUCAGCUGAAAAUCGAGCAUUUCAAAAAAAUCUGUUUACCCUCCGCAUCACGGUGAAAGUUAUCAAGGCCGUAGUUUCAAUUGGCGGGACUUUCACCAUUACGAAGCGUGUGGUUUGUUCUUAUCUUUUCUGUGCUUUAAUUUUCACAGUAAGCCGAGGCUGAACUGCGGCUAUAAGAAAGGCGCUUUGCGGAUAGCUGGUCAUUUAUAUGAACGGGUGAAUGUAGGGCGAAUGGGUAGCCUUUUGAGGAAUGUAAAAAUCUUUUGAUAUUGCUGUGUCCACAUGCAAUGUUCUAGAACUUUUCAAUGUGUAGCAUAUAACGGUCAUAGGCUCACUGCUCUUCAAAGAAUUUUCUGCGAAGCUAUUGCAAGAUGGACAAUUUGCAUAUUUCAAAAAAAAUCAGCUGUCGAUUUCCAAUCAUUUUCCCAGUAAUUUGAGUAUACAUUGUGCAUUUUUAUGACUACCUGAUAUCGUUGGCACUGCUAUAAUCGCUUUCGUUCAUAUUUCAAAAAAAAAUCCAUAAUUGCAAAAUCCUAUUUAUUUCAGAUAAAACAAUGAGAUUCACACUUCUUCUUCUCAUCGUUUCUUCAACGUUAUUCCUCCAUCUAAAGGCUGCGAACAUUUUAUUCCUCAACUCAGCUGUGAUCGCGCAAUCGCACGUGUUCUUCACGGGGAAACUUGCGGACGUCCUGGUGGAUGCGGGACAUAAUGUGGUAUGUUUUGUCGUGCUCAAAAAACGCUUGUCGAUCAAAAAACACGAUUUAAUUUCGAGAUUUUCCACAGGUCAACAAUAACUAGAAAAAAAAUUUGCUAAAAUUUAUGCGUUCCCCUAGACUUAUCCAAUCCAUUUUUUUCAGACAUUUUACCAACAAAUCGGCUUUACCGACUUGACCAAAGUUGGAAGCAGAAAGGCUCAUAUUAUAGUACGACAGUGUGACCAUGCGCAUUGCCGAGACCAACCGACGGAGAACGUUUGGGCCAGCGGCGAUGAGAUGAUGGACAAUGGUGAAUUCUUUUCUGGGAUGGCAAAGGCAAUGGCAUAUGCUUGCGAAUGUAAGAAAUAGAUACUAUAUUUUGACAACCAUCAAUGACUACCUAGUCUGUUAAACUUUAUUUCUUAAUGGUUUAUUUUUCAGCUCAACUAAACGACAAAAACUUGACCGAUAUGUUCAGAGCGGCAAAAUUUGACUUGGUUAUCGCCGAGCAUUUCGAUUAUUGCGCACAUGCUCUGGCUGAUAAGGCCGGGAUCAAGAAAACUAUUACGGCGUCGGCUAUCAUGAUUGAGCCACAUAUUCUGAACUUGAUGGGAAAUCCUACCAAUUUGGCGUUUACUCCAGGUACGUAUGAAACAAGUUUCAACAUAAUAUAUAUUGCAGUUUAUGAAGCUCUAAAAUCUUCCUGUUAUAGGCUACUCCGACGACCAUGGAAGCCAGCUGACUUAUCUUCAGCGAGCCAAGGCUUUGCUGUUGUAUCCCAUAAGGGACUACUUUAUGCAUAACAUUUUCUACAAAUACAUUGAAGACGCCAUCGCCAAAAAUUACCGGCCGGAUUUCCAUGCUGCUGACGCUAUUGCCAGAAGCUCUUACGUGUUUGUGAACAUCGAUGAGCACUUGGCCUUCCAACAACCGCUGAGUGACAAGUUUAUCUACGUUGGCGGAGUUGGAGAGCACAUUGGAAGGGACCAUGUUUUGCCUGAGGUAGGCAAUAAUACAGACUUUUUUACUGACUUUUGAUUUCCAGAACUUAAACAAAAUCCUGGAAGAAUCCAAAAAAGGUGCCAUUCUGAUUUCUUUUGGGACCAUUGCUCAAAGUUAUUUGUUGCCUGAAGAGACAAAACAUGAGUUUAUUGAGGUCUUCAAGACUUUCCCUGAUUACGACUUUAUCUGGAAAUAUGAGGUUGACGAUGACAUUGCAGCCAAUUUGUCAAAUGUCCACAAAGUAAAGUGGACUCCACAGUCUGAUCUAUUAGGUAUGAGAGAUCUGUUUUCUUACAACUUUCAUCAUUUUAAGCUCAUCCAAAGCUUCUCGCUUUUGUCACCCAUGGCGGACUAAACAGUAUGAGUGAAACUGCUCAUAAAGGAAAGCCAUUUGUGUGUAUUCCACUGUUCGGAGAUCAGAAUCGAAAUUGUUUCUCGGCUCAGGAAAAAGGCUUGGCAGAGAUGGUGGAAAAGUUGGAGAUGACGACGGAAAAUUUGGUUCAUGCGUUGAAAACUGUCCUUCAGCCGGAGUAAGUUCUUUCCGAUAUUCGUUGACGAUGACAAGCGGAGAACUCGAAGUGUGAGGUUCAGAUUCGUAUUAUUAGGGUGUCCCAUAAGUCUUGUUUAUUUUUGGGUCGUCGAUUUGUGCGAAUUCCUGUGAGCUUUGAGGGGCAUUACGAGAAAAUCGCCCCAACAUGAAUUUGCAAAAGGCCCAAAACAAAGUCCGCCGAAAUCUGAGGUCUCCGCCGCGCCUCCGCGGAUGCGCGUAAAAUCGAAAACGCAAAAAAAACAUGCCGUAAAAUACACGGAGGUGUAACGGAAACUUGAUUUCAGCCGUUGCAACGGCGUUUCCGCCACGUAAUACGAUGUGAUUUUUUAAAAAGACCCUAAUUGUCUCCGCCGAGAAAAGAACCCUCCGCCGACGAAAAAAAAUUUUUUUAGAGAUUCUGAAAACGCACGACGUCAAUUUUUGGAAGCAAAAGAAAUUUGUUGGUAGCUGAAAAGAACACAAAGAUAUAAGCAAAUUAUUAGGUUGGGACGAAAGUUUUCCCCUUUUUCUUGUUUUUUUCCAAACAAAUAUAUUUUGAUAGUUGUAACGGGAAACCAAACAUAACAUCCACCGUCGGUAUCCACUACGUAUUGCCAACGUUCCGACAAGGAUUCAAUUGGCGAGCUUAAAAACUGGGGUAUUUAUAAUAAAAAAUGUCAGAAAGACCUGUUUUGAGGUCCCUCAAACAAUCGAACCGCACAUCUCCCAAACGGUAGCUUAGCGAUCUGAUCAAAUGGUAAUCAGAAGGUGCCAAGGCUGGGGUGUAGUGUGGGUAGGGCAGCAAAGUCCAUGCAUUCUUCCUGAAUUUUUUGCGCGCGAUUUUUGCAAUGUGGUAGCAGGCGUUGUCGUGAAGGAGGAACAUUUGUUCCACUUUUAUCUAGCAUUUUCGGCGACGCGGUCCAACUGGCGAUAAUAAUGUUAUUUAGUGACAGUUUUGCCAUCAGGGAGCCAUUCCUAAUAAAUACCUCCCAUACAAGUCCACCAAUCGCAGAACAUGACCUUUUUUGGGUGAAUUUUGGUUUUGGGGUUGGUUCACCGUCAUGGUCGGGUUCAAGCUACUGAAGCUUGCGGGUAUGGUUUAUAUACAUCACCCAUUUCUGGUUCCCUGUAAUGAUAUUGGUCAGCCAAGUCAGCGUGCGGCGGUACGACAAAAAUUAGGAGCAACAGUAUAAGCCGUGACUCCGAAAGUUCGUGCGGAACAAAUUAACCACACUUCCACACUUUUCCCAACCGAUGUAGAUGGUCCAUAAUGGUAGUAUGGGGGAACCCAAAGAGCUCUCCAAGUUCACGUAAUGGCAAUUUGGGAUAGCUCACGAUUAAGCCUUUUAGGGCGUCAUCAUCUAUCUCAGAUGGCCGCCAGAACUUGGUCGUCUAACUCCUUUUUUUGAACCUCUGGAACCAAUACUUGGCCACACCAUAAAAGAGGACGUCCUUGCCUAUAACAUCCUAGACUUCGGUUAUAUCUUACAUGGAUUUUGGUAUUCUGCGAUAGUUUUAAAAUUUGACGCAUCGAAACAGCAACUUUGGGACGGAAAUUUUUCCACGUUUGGAGAGCGCUAUGGGGACAAGUUACAUAUCAGUCUAUAUGCUAUCAAGUCACCCUUACAUAGUCACAUGAUAGAACUUUCCAGGAAGUUCCACAACUUCCAUAACUUUUCCCGAAAAUUAAGGGGAAAACUUUCGUCCCAACCUAAUAUUUGUGCCAAAUUUCUUGAAACACCCUGUACAGUAAUUUUUUCUUCAGAUAUCAGAAACGAGCUUUUCAAUUUGCCAAAAUGAUGGCCGACAAGCCAUUCCAGCCUGCAGACAGAGUUGUUGGAUUUGUAAACCACGCCUUAAAACACGACGUCAGUACUGCAUUGGAUCUUCCUGGUCGGCAAAUGACAACGAUUCAGUACUACUUCAUUGAUGUCAUUGUUCCUCUAGCCAUAGUUGUCAUGGUAUUUUUAUAUGCAUCUUAUAGGGUCGCAAAAGAGUCUCUGAAAGUUGUUCGAAGCCUGUUCAAGACAAAACUAGAAUGAAUUUGUAAAUAUUUGCUGUCAUUGAAUCUACACGCCCUUAAAUUUAAUAAACAGCUUUAAUUUUUGUACAAAACUGAUCCUCCGUCACAACCUAUAGAUGAAUUUUAAGUUCAGAAGACUGAUUCCGCUUCUUAUCGGACUCUGAUCAGACCAACACUUCCAUUUUGUGGUUUGAAGCUUCAAAUUGCCGAAGAAUGUACCCUGAGGUUGAAUUCACCCGUUUAA